GAUUUUUUUUUUUGCUUUUCUAUUUAUUUUUUUUUGUACACAAAUAAGUAUGUUUGGCUUAAUUUGGAAAAUCUUUCUUUGCCUUCCGGGAAUGAUUAACGCCGAUCUUCAGGUAGUUGCAGCAGAAGUUUAUUCAGCUACAGGAGGAGGACAGGCUAAAGGUGUUUCACCAACCCCUCAGCUCAGUGGCUGGCAGUUGGCAAACCCUUCUCUGCCUCCUGAGUUGAAAAAGCCCAAUGGCAUCAUGGAGGCUGAACAGUUCAACAGGCAUUUGCUGUUACGAAGGAAGCGAUCCAUUCUGUUUCCCAGUGGAGUUAAGAUCUGCCCUGAUGAAUCUAUUGAGCAGGCAAUUGCCAACCACCUGAAAUAUUUCAGGCUCAGAGUGUGUCAGGAAACAGUUUGGGAGGUCUUCAAGACAUUCUGGGACAGACUGCCAGAGCGUGAAGAAUAUAAUGCCUGGAUGAGCCUGUGUGAGGAAGGAAUAAUGAGUAUCUUUGAAAUGGGCACAAACUUCAGUCAAUCUGAGGAGCACCGGAGUCUGAUUGUGAAGAAACUGUCCUAUAUAAAGGAAGCAAUGGGCAGCUCCUGCACUGAUUGGGCAUGUGGUGGGACUCCAACUCCAGCUUCAGAUGCUGAUGUUACCACACUGAGAGAUGCAGCUGCCAAUGUUCCUCCCCCUGAUGAGAUCUCCAUUGACAGUCCUGUGGGUGGUACCAUCGAGGAUGUAGACGGUGUAGACACCACUAUCAAUAAUGAGAUAAAGACGCAGGAUGAGAAGCUGGUGAGACCUGUAACUGAGCAGAUGAUUGAGUUCAACAUUUUGAUUGCUGGUGAAAAGUACAGUGAGGAGCUGAAGGACCCAGCUACUCUGGAGCAUCAACUGCUGUCUGAACGAUUCAUUUCUCAGAUUAAAAGUGUAUUUGAAGUACUACCUGGAUACAAAAACAUCCACAUCCUGGAUUACAGCCCUUCCGAGGACGACAGUGGGGUAGAAGUUCACUAUGCUGUUACAUUUGAUGGAAAAGCCAUCAGCAAUGCCACCUGGGACCUGAUUAACCUUCAAUCCAACAAGGUGGAAGACAACUCCUUUAUGGGCAUAGAGGAUAAUCCAACAGUUGUGUACACCAUCAGUGAUUUCCGAGAUUAUAUUGCUGAAAUCCUCCAGAAAAAUGCUUUGCUUGAAAACACUUCCUUGUCUUUAGACCCUAACUCUCUCCAGCUUACUAAUGUGAAAGAAAUACUACACCCCACGUCAGAAGAGCCAUCCUGGAUUACUGAGCAUCCAGCUGUGCUGGAGCGCCCGGAGUUCGAUGACAGCACCUUUUUAGCUGAACGUCCCUCAGCAGAUGAAUCAACGGUCAGCAAUGCCUUGCCCUUCGAUUACACCAAACCAGACUCCACUUCAGAUAGUGAACAGUCCAGUGACAGUGAAAUCCAGCCAAGACCAGAAACUGUGGACUCAGAGGCUGGUUUGGCACCUGAAGCUCCACUCUCCUCAGAGGCUGACGACACUUUGCCUGAUGGGCUGAAUUUAGAGGAUGGGAGUCGGACUCCUCAUUUGGUCCCUGCACCAGUGUUAGAGCAUGAUUCUGAGGACUCUCUGGAAUGGUUUUCACCCCCCAGUUCUUUAGAUGUUGAAGAUACUGGACUAUCUGAAGAUCUUUUGCCUUCAAGUCCCUCUCACCUUGUGCCUGAAGAAUUUCCAUCUACAGAUGAUUAUGCAGUUCCUCUGCUUCCUGCACCAACAGUGGCCUCUUCAUCAGUCAUAGAGACUGAUGUUAAAGAAAUAGUAUCUGCUGAGAAGGAAGAAGAAUCUCAAGGUAGUCCUGAGGGCAGUGACAGUGCAGACUCUGUGGAAGAAAUUCCUUUUCCCUUAGAAGUACCCCCUAUGGAAGAUGAAACUGAUAUGUUUCUUGGAGAUAGAGUUAUAUAUGAUGAUGGGUCUGGUUCAGCUUUUGAUGGUUCAGGAAAAGAAAUGGAAUCAAGUAUCUGGCCUUGGGAAGAAGCAACAUUGGAACCAGUUUUUUACCCUGGUCCUGAUAGCUGGCUUGAAGAUGACAAUGAGUCUUUGUUAAUCAAAACUGAGGAUAUUCCUGAAGGCAUGAUCUUAGACUAUAUUCUCAACUCUGAGAAUAAAUUAGAUUAUGAUCCUUCCAAAGAUGAGAAUGAACGUAUAGUCAAUAUAAAAGAUUUCCUUGAUGAGUCUGAAAUAUUUGUCUUUCCAGAGACUACAACUCCGCCAGUACCUCUGUUACAGACAGAAGAGCCAUCAUCUGUGGAACCAUCUACACAGGCAGAAACACUGGGCAUGUAUGAUACUUCUUUUGUUAAACCAUCCUUGGUUUUGGAGCCUUCGGUGGAUGAUUCCGCUGUAGACAUGCCAACUGGAGAGGUGCCUGUCUCACCACAGUACACAGAUCUGUCUGUGGAACAUCAUCUACUUACAUCUACAGAGACUGUUGGUAUGGAGCAACCUGAAGAGUCUAGUGUAGAUCAGAACAUAAUUUCUGAAGAAAUUGAACACCAAAAGGAAGACAGGACAAUGGUAGAAGAACUAUACACAGUGAAGCAGUCAGAUGUAAUGGAAGCUGCUACAAUAGGACACUUGGACACAAGCUCUUCAGGAACCACUCUGCCUGCAGGUCCUUCCAUGGUAAAGCCUGAUGCUUCCACAGAAGAGCAGCAAGCCCUAGAUUCAUCAUUGGCAGGCCAAGACGCUACUGGAUCAGAAGUGAAGAGCCCAGCUGAUGUUUGGCCUACUGACAGAACACUAGAAACCUCCUUAGAUCAGACAGUGCAAUUAGCAACACCAGCUGCCCCUCAAGUUUCAACUGCAGUUCCUUCUGUGAUAGAUCAGACCACUGUCCUGGAGGACUUCGCUGGGCAGGGUGGUACAGACCACGUUUCCGUGAGCUUCAGCACUGCUGUGAAGUAUGAAACAGUGAGAGUAACAACAAGCCCCACUGAGCUUCCAUCCCAUCUCCCUCCUUUGGGAUCCACAACAUCAUUGUCUGUGGCUGCCUCAACAAAGCUGGGAGAUGAAACGACAAGAGCCCUAGAUAUUUCAGUAGACCUGGAUCGUGUGAGCACUGUCCACUUUUUUCCUGAGCAGACUGAGGAGGGAAGGAGAAUGACCGAAAGUCACAUGGAGCUAACAACUCGUAUCCAGUCCACAGAGAUGGCCAGUGUGGCUUGGGCCACACACGAAACUCACUACAGCAGUACUGUCCCGUCCCGAGCUCUAGUUGUGUUUUUCAGUCUUCGGGUUACCAACAUGAUGUUUUCAGAGGACCUCUUUAAUAAGAACUCCCCUGAAUACAAAGCAUUGGAACAGCGGUUCUUGGAAUUGCUGGUGCCAUACCUUCAGUCAAAUCUGACGGGAUUCCAGAAUCUCGAAAUCCUGAACUUCAGAAACGGCAGCAUUGUGGUGAACAGCCGAAUGAAAUUUGCCAAACCUGUGCCUCGGAAUGUCACCAAUGCUGUGUACUUGAUCCUGGAAGACUUCUGCAACACUGCAUAUCACACCAUGAACCUGGCCAUUGAUAAAUACUCCUUGGAUGUGGAAUCGGGUGAGCAAGCAGAUCCCUGCAAGUUCCAGGCCUGCAAUGAAUUCUCUGAGUGCUUAGUAAAUCGCUGGAGUGGAGAAGCUGAGUGUGUCUGCAAUCCUGGCUACCUGAGCAUUGACGGGCUGCCGUGCAACAGCAUUUGUGAUCUGCAACCAAACUUCUGCCUGAAUGAUGGGAAGUGUGACAUAAGCCCUGGGCAAGGGGCCAUCUGUAGGUGUCGUGUGGGAGAAAACUGGUGGUACAGGGGGGAGCACUGUGAAGAAUAUGUGUCUGAGCCACUGGUUGUGGGUAUUGCAAUUGCUUCCGUGGCAGGAUUUCUUCUUGUGGCAUCUGCUGUCAUCUUCUUCUUGGCCAGGACCCUUCGAGACCAGUAUACAAAGAGUGACAGCGGUGACUCACAGGGGCAGGGUGACAGCCUCUCGUCCAUUGAGAAUGCAGUUAAAUACAACCCCAUGUAUGAAAGUGAUACGACUGGGUACAGCCAUUAUUACCGGAGAUAUCCUCAGCUAACGUCCUACAGUUCUACCAGUGCAGAGACAUCCACAGACUACAGCAGUGAAGAGAUCAGGCACAUUUAUGAAAACAGUGAGCUUACUAAGGAGGAGAUCCAGGACAGAAUUCGAAUUAUAGAGCUCUACGCUAAAGAUCGUCAGUUUGCAGAGUUUGUUAGGCAGCAUCAAAUGAAGCUGCUUUAAGAAAAAAAAAAUUGAUAGAAUACACGUGGGAGAUAAAGACUACCUUGUUGCCACAGCAAUGGGCUCAUGGGCUAACAUUGCAUGGAUGGAUACAGAUGUUUUCUAAAUGAAUGACUAAAAUGUACAGAUGUCUGUUUAUCUCAAUUACUUCUGGCUUUUCCGUGUAAAGUGACAUUUUUGAGAGGUGAUCAGAAGUGGCAGAGGUUAUGAAAGUUCAUUUUUCUUUAACUCCAAAAUGGACAGUGAAAGUUUUGUACACAAAGGCAAAAAAAUCUCCUCGGGUAAGAGAAGAUACAUGCACAACCAAAAUAAAAUGCUCAUUGAAAAUCCCUGUCUGGCAUUUAUCCCCUCACUGGAGGCUCCAGUAGUGAUUUCAUGGGUAUGAAACACUAGUGGAAAGAAAUAUUUGAUUUGCGAGGGAAGGAGUUGUAGGGGAGAACUAUUGUGCUAGAAUUAUGUUAGCAUUAUUUUAAAAUAUUCCCAUUAUCAACACAAACAUAACUUCACUGGAAAAACCUUCCUUCUGUACAGAUGCCUGAUGUAUGUUUUGCCACCUGGCAUUAGCAAAACAGACGACAGCACUGAGCCUGCAGGCGUCCUGAGGGCUCUCCCCAGCAAUCAGCAUCCCCACUGCCUGUGACCCCAGGGGAGCCUUGGCAAGGCAGGGCAGUUCUGCUGCAGUGCAGUACAGUGUCUUUAAAGCCAGGAUGGUUGGUUCUCCAGCUGUUUCUGGCAGACACACCAACUGAGGCACUGAAGGGCUUCUAUCAUACAAAUGUUCUGUGAGGCUUAAGUGACUAACACUGACCUUUUUUUGUAUGUGGAUAAUUGGUUUCAUAUUUUGUAAGUUAAUAUGCAUUAUUUAUUUGUUGUGUGUUUCCUUAUCAGCUUAUUUUCAUCAUGGAUUUAAUCGUUGAAAUAGAAAGAUGGCUAGCUUUAAUGAUGAAAUGCUACAGUGGCAUUCGUGCCCAUCCUUUUAUAUAUAUUGUAUUUAGUGUUUACUUGGUGUUGAAUUGAGCCAACUAAUACUUGUAUUUUCUUUACUGAACUGGGCAAUAGCCUCCCUUUCAAAUCAAGCUGUAGUACAAGUGCAUCCAUAUUUAGUAGAUUGCAGCACUUUUCUGUGGGGAAGGGGAAAAGUGAGGUUGUUCUUAGUUUAGCACAGAAUUCCUUAAACAGAAGAAGUCGGCCUGAAGCAUUUUAAAAUAACUUGAGAUUUACGGAAACAGAGUUUUAUCUUCAAGUUAUGAAGAGAGUUCUGACUACAUGUUAAGGUGUGUUGGGGCUCUGUUCAGUCACCCAGUGACUCUCAUUUAAGGCAUUAACACAGCUGUCAGGGUUAGGGCACAAUUAUGAUCACAUUAGCUUAUGCAAGCAAAAAUGGCCAAGUUAUUUAUAUCUACGAUGUCUCUAGUUCUCGGCCCACACGUGCCAACAGUUACCUGAUACUUUUUAGUAUCUUUAGUACUUUUAUUAAUAGUGAGAAUUACUUAAUAAUUGUCUGUAGGCAGCUUAGCUAAAUAACUGAAUACUUCAAUGCAAUUCUUCUACGUGUCCCAGAGAACCUCACUGGAUCACUGGUGUGGAACCUUCUUGCCUUGAGUGGCAGGGGAUGGGUAUCAGAGCCACACAUUUGUCUAAGAAAUGCUUAUAGAAACCACUGUAAGCCAAAAUGAUGCCAGACAGCAAUAAGUAAUAUGGUGCUGCUCAACACUUUUGUGACCAGAUGUUAUGAAACAGAGGCCCCAUUCUACUGGGUGGCCCAAGGGCUGUCAGAGCAGCUGGUCCAGAGUUUCUGAGGCACAGCCCACUCCUCCUGGCCCUGCAGCAGACUGGCUGAGCCAUCCUGUAACACCAGGGCCUGUGAUCAUAGCAGAGAACUACUGGGCUCAGGGUAGGCAUCACCUUGUGACUCGUUUCUGUGCAGCUCACCUACCAGCCCUGGGAGCUUCAGUGCUGCUCCUGCUAAGUGCAGCACUGGAUGGCAGCUGGGAUCAGGCAUGUUUUAAAUGUAUUUUUAGUAUUUUCUAUGCACAAGCUGAGAAGAGGCUUGGUUACACUGAGUAUGAGGUAUUUCAGUGUAUAUACAGUGAUAUUUUCUUUGUGUGUGUGUGUAUACAUAUGGACAUGCCGGUAUCU